GCGGGCUGGGCCGGCAGCUUGAGGACGCACAGCUGCUGCGAGGAGGGAGUCCGGGCAGGGCUUGACCCGAGGACCCCCAGAGCUGGCGGAGGCUGGACCCGGAGCCCCACUGGUGGCCCUUUCCCUGGGCCGGGUCAUGCGUUGCCGCAAGUGCCAGCUCUGCCUGUCAGCACUGCUCACACUCCUGGGCCUCAAAGUAUACAUCGAGUGGACAUCCGAGUCCUGGCUUAAAAAGGCUGAACCCCGGGGUGCUCUGCCCAGUCCCACACCACCCAAUGCUGAGCCCACUCUGCCCACCAACCUCUCAGCACGCCUGGGUCAGACUGGCCCACUGUCCUCUGCUUACUGGAACCAGCAGCAGCGGCAGCUGGGAGUCCUGCCCAGUACGGACUGUCAGACUUGGGGGACUGUUGCUGCCUCGGAGAUCUUGGACUUCAUCAUGUACCCCCAGGAGCUUCGGCGCUUCUUGCUGUCGGCAGCCUGUAGGAGCUUCCCACUAUGGCUGCCUGCAGAAGGCAGCCCUGUGGCCAGCUGCUCUGAUAAGGAUGUACCCUACUUGCUACUGGCUGUCAAAUCAGAACCAGGACACUUUGCAGCACGGCAGGCUGUGAGGGAGACCUGGGGCAGCCCAGUUGCUGGGACCCGGUUGCUCUUCCUGCUGGGGUCCCCCCUAGGAAUGGGGGGGCCUGACUUAAGAUCACUGGUGACGUGGGAAAGCCGGCGCUAUGGUGACCUACUGCUCUGGGACUUCCUGGAUGUUCCCUACAACCGGACACUCAAAGACCUGCUGCUGCUGACCUGGCUGAGCCACCACUGCCCCGAUGUCAAUUUUGUCCUGCAGGUUCAGGAUGACGCCUUUGUGCACAUCCCAGCCCUGCUGGAGCACCUGCAGACUCUGCCACCCACCUGGGCCCGCAGCCUAUACCUGGGUGAAAUCUUCACCCAGGCCAAACCGCUCCGCAAGCCUGGAGGACCCUUCUAUGUGCCGAAGACCUUCUUUGAAGGUGACUACCCAGCCUAUGCGAGUGGAGGUGGCUAUGUCAUCUCAGGACGCCUGGCACCCUGGCUGCUGCAGGCGGCAGCUCGCGUGGCACCCUUCCCCUUUGAUGAUGUCUACACUGGCUUCUGCUUCCGUGCCCUGGGCUUAGCACCCCGUGCCCAUCCAGGCUUCCUCACAGCCUGGCCAGCAGAACGUACCAGGGACCCCUGCGCCGUGCGAGGCCUGCUCCUGGUGCAUCCAGUCAGCCCCCAGGACACCAUUUGGCUCUGGAGACAUCUGUGGGUCCCAGAGCUCCAGUGCUGAUCCUCAGAGACAAGCUGGGGUUGGGGUGGGGGUGCUGACCUGGCCUGAGUCUCUCCUAAACCCUUCCUAACCAAGGUGGCAGACUAUGUUUAUCUACUUAUGGUUUUGAAAAAUGUGUCCUUCCUACUCCAAGGCCAGGAGCUAUUUCUUCCGUGGGA